AUGGCCGACCAACACGCGUCCAGAGCGCUGCGGGACUCUCACGACCUCUCGCUGUCGCCCCGCAACAUCACUCGGGAUUCCCUUGUGAAUAACAUGCUCUUGUCCCUCGAUCAUACCAGCGGCAGCAUCGACGCGGGCUACCCCCAAAACAUCGCCGGCCCUUCGAGCUCGGCUCGCGGUGGCUUCAGGCGCUCGGCGAGCUUUGAUUUCGGCCCUCCGCAGAUGCAAACCCAGCCAUUGAUGUCCCCGUUCCACCUAGAUUUCCAGAGCCAUCCUAGUUCCUCGGGACGCACCAAGCGACCAGUCAACAACCAGUUGGUAGCACCUGCCAUGGCAAUAAGCGACUUUGAUGCCGCUCCGGCCCCCAGCGUCAGCUACGGGAAGUCCAAAGCAGAACAGCAGAUGGCUACCUCGCAGCCCUCUGGGCCGCUUUCUCAGCCCAAGGAACGUCCAGGUUUCUUCCGUCGUGUGUUCGGUUCGUCUAAGCCUGCCACUGUUCCCGCAGAGGCUCCGGCGCCGCGCUUGACCAAUCCAGUCAACAGCCCGGCCCCUCCCCCCAAAGACAUUCAACCAGUACCGCAGUCACAACCUGUGCUGCAAAAGAAGCCGUCUUCCUUCUUCCGUCGACGCAAGAAGUCCAUUGUUGAUGAAGCUCCGCCACUACCAGGCGAUGUGCCCCCUCUUCCUCCCCUUUCUGCCGAUUUCGAUCGGCCGGCCAGUCCUGCUAGCAGCCUGAGACAGAUCAUGAAUCCAUAUCUUAAGGAGAGUGCUUUGCCGGCGCAUCCUCUGGGUGAUAUUACCAAUAGAUCGGCGACUUCGGCGGUCGAAGAUGAUGACGAUGACGACAGACCGGAAUUCCAGCGAGACUUCUCCCCUGAUUAUGUACGAAGCCCCAAUGCAAAGAUUAGAGCAGUCCAAAAUUCUGAUUCCGACCAGGAAAAAUCAUCCACCGACACGGAUCAUCGCCCGAGCAACGGCCUCAAGCACAGGAACAACUCCUUCUUGGAUCUCGACGGCGGCAGCGACAACGACGACUCCCCUAUUAAACAAAAGGCAACGAAUUCAUUGGCAGUUGACAAGGAGAACAAGAACAGGGACUCUACCGGGACUAUCCGCCCAAAGAAAUCGUCAUAUCUUGACGGUCAAGAAAAGCCCAACGGCGGUCCUGUUCGUCCCACGGUCACGAUUCCCUCAGAUGCACACCGGUCGACAUCCUUCGCUUCGGCAUCGACUGAUGAUGGAGAUUAUAAAACCGCUCCGAGCACAAGCGGACCUCCGAGCGCAAGCGGAAACCCAAGCGUUCGUAUCGAAAGGACGAGCAUGUCAAGUCCCAAGGGCCUGGGAACGCUCGACUUGCUCAAAAACCGAGAUCUAGACGAGCCCGAAUUCGUCGUUGGUGAGCCUACCGAGGACGACCAACAAAAGGCACAGCAGAUAUACGACGGAGUUGAAGAUUUCAUCCCCAAGGAGAAGGCUGCUUCUUGGAUGGGCGAAGAGGGCCCUAUUCGUCAGCGGACUCUGAAGGCGUACAUUGAGCUCUACGACUUUACGGACCUGAGUAUACUUGGUGCGCUGCGCAAAGUGUGUGGCCGUUUGAUCCUGCGCGGCGAGACACAGCAAGUUGAUCGAAUUCUGGUGGCCUUUUCCAAGCGGUGGUGCGAUUGCAAUCCCAACCAUGGCUUCAAGGCGACUGAUGUCAUCCACACCAUUUGCUAUUCAAUUAUGCUACUCAACACCGAUCUACACAUGGCAGACAUAGAACAGAAGAUGACUCGCAGCCAAUUUGUCAAGAAUACCUCGGCAACAAUCACUCAAGCUGUUGAGGAGUCUGUUCCUGAUGCCUUUGAGCGCCCCAGCAUUCUACCAGACAGGAAUUCGGCGCUUCACGAUGGAAUGCGGCCGUCAAUUGACCCUCAAGAUAAGAGGUCCUUCCGGAACUCAUUCCGCCCUCAGCCUCGCGGCGAAGCUCAGGGUGGAGACGCCCACGAUGAAUGCGGACCGCUGGUCAAGGUAGCCUUCUAUGGUUCGAUGAAGGCUUGGGAAGAGCAGAUAGAGAUUGUUCUGAAGAGCAUCUACAACUCAAUCCGAGACGACAAGCUGCCACUGUUUGGGGCAGAACCAGAAAGGCAUCUCAAUACCAUGCCAUCACAAAGCAGUCUUUCUGUCAUGGGUAUGCUGAAGAGGAGCCCCAGUGUUCUCAGCAAGGCGCCCUCUGAGAGUCAAAUGUCGACGCGAGGCCGACUUGCCGACAACAGCCGCAAUCCUGGCUCGCGAUGGGCCUCGAAAAGCCGAUCACGACCAGGACUUGGACGUAACGGAUUCAACUCGAGCCGAACAAGCUUCGACGACGCAAACUCACUGUGGAGCCCGGCAAUGUCAUCGGCGACUUGGAGCCGCUACUCUCUGGGUCGGACUCAAGGCUCCAUGUCCCAGGAUUCAUUUGGUUCAGCAAUGCCCCGAGGUGAUUAUCAGCAAUCUAUUGGGUUUGCAAAUGCUCUCAGCCAAGCCAUUGUGCGCGAUGAAGAUGCAAACGGCAACGAUAGCAUGUCCCUUAUGAGCGCCGAGGUGCCUGCCACCCAACUGCUGGAUGAUGAGUCACUAGAGCUGGCUGGUCCUCCAUGGAUGAAAGAAGGCAGAUUGAUGCAUAAGCAUCACUUGGAUGGCGUAGGUAAGAGGGCAAAGGAGCGAAACUGGACCGAAGUUUUUGCCGUCAUCCAAAGGGGCCAGAUGAGUCUCUUUUCGUUCAAUGCGCCUAAAUCAACACGGCAAAAGAGCCGCACGAGGAAUGCAGAAAAGGCCAAUGUCGUAGUUGGCGGCGGUAACUGGCAAGAUAAUGCCGUCAGCUUGGGCACGUUUAACCUGCGACUGACCCUCGCAUCGGCACUCCCGUCUCCAGGUUACUCACGAUCAAGGCCGUAUGUGUGGGCGUUGAGCCUGCCCACUGGCGCUGUUCACCUUUUCCAAGUCGGAACUCCUGAAAUUAUCAAGGAGUUUGUGAAUACAGCCAACUACUGGAGCUCCCGUUUGAGCACACAUCCGCUGAUCGGUGGCAUAAGCAACAUCGAAUACGGAUGGAGCGAUGCGAUUAUUAAUAACUCGCUCAUUGGCGCUGCUAACGAUAAUGCUUCUAUACUAAGUGGCGGCCGAAACUCACGCCCAGGCAGCCGUGCCAAUCAUGGUCGUCAAUCGAGUGUUGCAAGUGUUACUCGGCCUUCAUCUAGCAUGGACCAUGGAUCUGGAGCGUUUACCCAGAGUGGCGGACGUGGUAAACUUCCUGGAGAUCGCAUCACUAUAGCUGAAUGGGCACCCCCGACGCAAAGCAUGCGACCAAGCAACUUACCCGAACCAGAGCAGCUAGAAUCUUUAUUCACAUAUGUCAAGAGCAUUGAGGAUGAUUUACAAAACCACAAUCAGCUUCGAAGCCCUAUGCUACUUGCUUUUACGCCUAGGGGCAGUAACGCAAACAAGGCCAUGGCGAACUGGGAGCGUAAGAGCGCAUAUCUAUUGAGGGAGAUUGUCAAAUUUAGAACGUACGUGGAGAUUCUUCAGCAAUCAGAAAGCAGAAGAAAAGAAAUUCACAAAGAGCGAGAUUUGGCUCGACGAGCGGCCAGAGGCGAGCUUAGCGACGGCGAUAUGGAUCUCAGCGAAGAGGAAGGCGAUGAGACAUUGCGUCCUUGAAGCAUUGCUACAUGAUUGCUAAAGAAACGUAUCAAUUGCUUUUGUCUGCUUAUUAUACUUGGGCAGAGGGAGAAAGAAAGAAAGAAAGAAAGAAAGGGGAGAGACUAUGAGCUACGUUGAGGGACUGGAACUUUUAUUUUCUUCCUCUCCCUCAAUCUUAUUCCGUUUCUGUGUUUUUAAUUGUUUUUUGGCCAUUGCCAUUUUUGAUACCUCCUAUCUGGGGACUUUUCUUCUUCUUUUCUACUCAAAAUAGUCUCGUUGAUUAAUAGUGAAGAGGGGGGGGAGGGCAUAUAUUGUACUAUUAGUUUCCAUUUCACUUGAUUGUCUUUGUAUUUGAGAAUCCGUUGAGAAAGCGUUAGGAAUGUUGGAAGCAUAAGCGAGCAUUUGUUUAUGAAAAUAACAAGAGCAACGACACCUGUGAUUACAGCGGUCAUUAUUUUUG